CCCCGACCCCCCCUCCCGGCACCGACCCCCCGGUACAGACCCUCCCCCCCCCGGCACCGACCCCCGGCCAUGGCCGACCCCAAGUACGCCGACCUGCCCGGCAUCGCCAGGAACGAGCCCGACGUCUACGAGACCAGUGACCUGCCCGAGGACGACCAGGCCGAGUUCGAGGCGGAGGAGCUCACCAGCACCAGCGUGGAGCACCUCAUCAUCAACCCCAACGCCGCCUACGAGAAGUUCAGGGACAAGCGCCUUGGCACCGAGGGCGUGGAUUUCUCCGAUCGUAUCAACAAGACCAGGACAACGGGCUACGAGUCUGGGGAGUAUGAAAUCCUCGGCGAGGGGCUGGGUGCCAAAGAGACCCCCCAGCAGCGGUACCAGCGGCUGCAGCACGAGGUGCAGGAGCUGGUUCGGGAGGUGGAGCAGAUCCAGAGCACGGUGAAGGAGGCGGCGGCGGAGGAAGAGCUGACGCCCAUGGCCUUGGCCAGGCAGGUGGAGGGCCUGAAGCAGCAGUUGGUCUCCAGCCACCUGGAGAAGCUGCUGGGCCCCACCGCAGCCAUAGAUUUUGCCGACCCCGACGGCGCCUUGGCCAAGCGCCUGCUGCAGCAGCUGGAGGUGGCCAAGUGCAGCAAAGCGACGCCGGGGAAGAGCCCGGCCAAAGCCCCGGCGCCCACCGGAGACGCCGUCACCUUCGAGCUCUACUGGAGGCCGGAGCAGGACCAGUUUGCCCAAACGGCCAAGAUCGCGGAGCUGGAGAAGCGGCUGGCGCAGCUGGAAGCGACGGUGCGGUGCGAGCCUGACAGCCAGAACCCGCUGCUGGUGGGGCUGAAGGGCACCAGCCUGGUGGAGACCGUCCAGGUCCUGCAGGCCAAGGUCAACAUCCUGGACGUGGCCGUGCUGGACCAGGUGGAAGCCCGGCUGCAGAGCGUCCUGGGGAAGGUGAAUGAAAUUGCCAAGCACAAGGCGACCGUGCAAGACGCCGACACCCAGAGCAAGAUCCACCAGAUCUACGAGACGAUGCAGCGCUGGGACCCCGUGGCCAGCACCCUGCCCGACGUGGUGCAGAGGCUGGUGACCCUCAGGGACCUGCACGAGCAAGCCACCCAGUUCGGGCAGGUCCUGGUGCACUUGGACACCACGCAGCAGGAGAUCGCUGGUGCCCUCAAGGACAACACCGUGCUGCUGGCGGAGGUCCAGAAGACGAUGAAGGAAAACCUGGCCAUCGUAGAGGACAACUUCGCAGAGAUAGAUGCCCGCAUCAAGCGGCUGCAGAAGUGAGAACGCCCUGGAGACACCUCCCCGCCCCGACCCCCCCCCCCCGCCCCAUGCCAGGCAUCCCGGACCGCCCCCCCGGGCCCUGCGACCCCCUGGGAACCACUCCCUCCCCCCCCCCCCCCCACAGGUACCAGCCUCUGCUUGUAUAUACCCCCUGCACAGCGCGGGGGCUGGAGGGCCCCCCCCGACCCCUCCAUGCGCUCCUUGCGGGGGGGGGGAGAUGUCUCUGUACGGCCCCCCCCUCCCCCCGAUUUACCCCAAUAAACGGCU